AUGGCCAACCUACCCGCCAGCGAUAGCAAGGAGAAGAUGGAGGCGCAAGUCAAACCGAGGAUAUGCAACAAGAAGCCAUUGCUCUUGGUACAAACCCCCCGUGGCGGUAUCUGUCAGCAACGCAAGCUAACGCACCCAUCAGCUAUCGAAGCCAUGGACAAGUUCCGCGUGGAGAAAGACAUCGCGCAGUACAUCAAGAAAGAGUUUGACUCACGCAAGGGCGCUACCUGGCACUGUGUCGUUGGUCGCAACUUUGGAAGCUUCGUCACUCACGAGACCAAGCACUUUAUCUACUUCUACCUCGGCCACUGCGCGAUCCUCCUCUUCAAGACCCAGUAA